AUGUUCGAGUCGCGACUUUCCUCACCCGACGAAUCGUCAUGCGUCUUCCGAAAUUUGCGACAAUUGCUGUCACAAAAAAUAUGUGAUAAGCUGAUUUUAGAAAAAACACAUUUGCAGGAAUCUGAUCGAAAAAGAAUCGUUAAUAUAAUUAUUGAUCAUUGCCUCACAGAUAAAACCAGUAUUUCAAAAGAAGAAUUCAAGUUUUGGGCAUCAGAAAUCGUUAAUGUCUUUGAAAAGGAAUCCAAAGAAACAUAUUAUAUCGAAUCAUCUGAGAAACGGCUGGCAUCUGGAAAACUUCGACAUAAAUAUACAAAUACCAGAAAAACUUUAAAAAAAUCAGGAAUCUUACGUGCUGUUAAUAAAAAAAGCACGCCUAAGGAAGUUUCUGCAGAUAUUCAAGAAAAAUUACUGUUGCUUACAACAAUUUUGCCACAAGAUAAAGAGCUAGAAUCAAUGUGGAAAAGUACUUUCGAAUACCGUCGAAACUUCACAACAAUUGCAGAAUACUAUGACACUUAUCCAAUUCUGCAAACCCCUACAGGAUGUUCACUAAUAAGAUGGGACUUUGAUUGUAUGCAAUUAACGGAUUUUAAUAUACUUGCCAAAAAGUGGCCCUCUUUAGCUACAAAAAUUAUUGAUUUGGCAAAAACUCGCAAUUGUUGUGAACAUAUAAUAGAUUUAGUUGGCACAUUACCAUCUGAAACAUCAAGUUUACUCAUCCUUCCAUUUAUGUUUCGACCAUCAUUCGUACCUACUGGUAAUUCUAAGAAAUGGAAACCUUCAAGACAAGAAAUGUCAGAGUCGGUUUUUCUAAAGGUUGCUAUUGCGGGAGAUCUUGACGAAGCAUUGACGAAGCGAAAAGAAAAAUUACACGUUUAUGGAUUAACACUGCAACCCCAAAUUGCUAUUGUCGGACAAUUGACAGACAUCAAAGCGAUAUAUGUCGUCGUUAAUGACAUUAAAUAUGAAACAACCACUUUGUUAAGUGCCAUUGACUUUUGUUUCAAGACAUUUUACGUAUUGGAUGCCAAAUACCCGGUCGAGUCUGCACCAAUCUGGUAUUUCUUACAACAAUAUAUUUACAACAUCAGCUCAUCCAAAAACGCCAAACAAUAUAUCAGUGCAAAUUCGCUUUGGUCCGAUUUGCACAUUACUAACACAGAAACGUAAAAAAUUGUUGGUUUUUUUUAUAAAUACUCUUUUAAUUUUAAUUAUUUCAGUUUAAGUUUAGUUUUAAGACCGAAAAAUGAUUAAUAAAUAUACUACGUGCGCCGGUCACUUAGAUUAAAAUUGUUGAUGUUUCUUUUAUAAUUAUUUAGUAGUUUUAAGGCCGAAAAAUGAUUAUUAAAUGCCCUACGUGCGCAGAUCAUUUAGAUUACAGGCAUUUACAAUUACAUAUGAAAGUAAUUCACCGUGACACUGGCACGAAAAGUUUCUUAUGCACGGAAAAAUCGUGCAAUCGUUUAUUUUCACAACUUAAUUCGUAUAGAAAGCACAUAAAUACUGAUCAUUCAAAGCAAAACAAACGUGAUUGUACCCCACAAAUUGUAAUCGAUUCGAAAAUAACCUCACAUUUCAAUGAGUAUAAUCUUGAAAGUAAAAAAAAAUGAAAUACUUCAG